AGGCUCUUUCUUACCCAUAAUGCUUUGUGGGGACGUUGACAAGUGGAUCCAAGAUGGCGUAGAAAGUAAUGACAGGAAUUGGAUGAAGUAUUUGAUCACUAAUGAACUACAGUGCUGGUGAGAUGUGUAAGAAAUUAUAAAGAGCUCUGAUGGGCUAUUUGGGUGAUACGCAGUGCAGUGAACUGCAGGGUAGCUGUCUGUGGAGAGAGAGGAUUGCUGGGUCAUAUAGAUUUUUGUCCCUGAGUCAUGGAAGACAGAAGAGCUGAGAAGUCAUGUGAACAAGCGUGUGAAUCACUCAAGAGGCAGGACUAUGAAAUGGCCCUCAAGCACUGCACAGAGGCCCUCCUUUCUCUUGGCCAGUAUUCCAUGGCCGACUUCACAGGACCAUGUCCGCUGGAGAUAGAAAGCAUUAAAAUCGAGAGUCUUCUUUAUAGAAUUGCCUCAUUUUUGCAACUGAAAAACUAUGGGCAAGCUGAUGAAGACUGUAGGCAUGUGCUGGGAGAAGGCCUGGCCAAGGGAGACGGUGCCUUUCGGGCAGUGCUUUGCUGCAUGCAACUGAAAGGAAAGCUCCAACCUGUGUCCAGCAUUCUUGCCAAGUCACUGACAGGAGAGUCCCUGAAUGGGAUGGUAACAAAAGAUUUGACAAGACUGAAAACACUUCUCAUAGAAACAGAGACAGCAACUAGUAACGUCCUCUCUGGGUAUCAUGUGGAAGACUUCGAGGAGGGAUCUUGUAAUGGUUGGCAUUUCCGCCCACCACCUAGGGGAAUUACAAGCAGCGAGGAAUAUACUUUGUGUAAAAGAUUUUUAGAGCAAGGAAUCUGUAGGUAUGGUGCCCAGUGUACUUCAGCACAUUCCCAGGAAGAACUAGCAGAAUGGCAGAAAAGAUAUGCUUCACGGUUGAUAAAAUUGAAACAGCAAAAUGAGAAUAAACAGCUCUCAGGCAGUUACAUGGAAACCUUGAUAGAAAAGUGGAUGAAUUCAUUAUCUCCUGAGAAAGUGCUUAGUGAAUGUAUAGAAGGAGUAAAAGUAGAGCAUAAUCCAGAUCUGUCCGUUACUGUCAACACCAAAAAGUCUCACCAGACAUGGACCUUUGCUCUCACUUGUAAGCCUGCAAGAAUGCUGUAUCGUGUAGCAUUGCUUUAUGAUGCUCAUCGUCCUCAUUUUAGUAUCAUUGCAAUAUCUGCCGGAGAUAGUACUACCCAGGUAUCACAAGAAGUCCCAGAAAACUGUCAAGAAUGGAUAGGAGGAAAGAUGGCCCAAAAUGGAUUAGAUCAUUACGUGUAUAAAGUCGGGAUAGCAUUUAACACAGAAAUAUUUGGAACUUUUCGCCAAACCAUAGUUUUCGACUUUGGAUUGGAACCAGUACUCAUGCAAAGAGUAAUGAUUGAUGCAGCUUCUACAGAAGAUCUUGAAUACCUGAUGCAUGCAAAACAGCAGCUAGUAACCACAGCUAAGCGUUGGGAUUCUUCUUCUAAGACUAUUAUAGAUUUUGAACCUAAUGAAACUACUGAUUUGGAGAAGAGCCUUCUUAUCAGAUACCAAAUUCCUCUCUCUGCUGACCAGCUAUUUACCCAGUCUGUUUUAGACAAAUCAUUGACCAAGAGCAACUAUCAGUCACGGUUGCAUGACCUUCUUUAUAUUGAGGAGAUAGCCCAGUAUAAAGAAGUGAGCAAGUUCAACCUUAAAGUGCAAUUGCAGAUUCUAGCAAGCUUCAUGCUCACUGGAGUUUCUGGAGGUGCAAAGUAUGCUCAGAAUGGACAACUUUUUGGUCGUUUUAAACUUACUAAAACACUUUCUGAAGAUACUUUGGCUGGACGGCUGGUGAUGACCAAAGUCAAUGCUGUUUAUUUAUUGCCAGUCCCUAAAGAGAAGCUAGUGCAGACCCAGGGAGCCAAAGAGAAGGUUUAUGAAGCUACUAUUGAAGAAAAGACAAAAGAAUAUAUAUUUUUAAGGAUAUCCAGGGAAUGUUGUGAAGAACUUAAUCUUCGGCCUGAUUAUGAUACACAGGUUGAACUUCAGUUUCAAUUAAAUCGAUUACCCCUCUGUGAAAUGCAUUAUGCGCUAGACAGGAUCAAGGAUAAUGGGGUUUUAUUUCCAGACAUCACUAUGACUCCAACCAUACCUUGGAGUCCCAACAGACAGUGGGAUGAACAGUUGGAUCCUCGGCUAAAUGCAAAACAGAAAGAGGCUGUUCUGGCCAUCACAACUCCGCUUUCCAUACAGCUGCCUCCUGUUCUCAUCAUUGGACCCUAUGGGACUGGAAAAACAUUCACUUUAGCUCAGGCCGUCAAGCACAUACUCCAGCAGCAGGAGACGAGCAGGAUUCUCAUUUGCACCCAUUCUAAUAGUGCUGCUGAUCUCUACAUAAAGGAUUAUUUACAUCCAUAUGUAGAAGCAGGCAAUCCCCAGGCAAGACCUCUCAGGGUAUAUUUCAGAAAUCGCUGGGUAAAGACUGUCCACCCAGUCGUGCAUCAGUACUGUCUGAUCUCAAGCGCACAUUCCACCUUUCAGAUGCCACAGAAAGAAGAUAUUCUUAAGCACCGAGUGGUUGUUGUUACAUUGAAUACUUCCCAGUACCUCUGUCAGUUGGACCUGGAACCUGGGUUUUUUACGCACAUUCUAUUAGAUGAAGCUGCUCAGGCCAUGGAGUGCGAAACCAUUAUGCCUCUAGCAUUAGCAACGAAAAAUACUCGGAUUGUUUUGGCUGGUGACCACAUGCAGCUCAGUCCUUUUGUUUACAGCGAGUUUGCCAGGGAGAGAAACCUUCACAUUUCAUUACUUGAUCGACUCUAUGAGCAUUACCCUGCUGAGUUUCCAUGUAGGAUCCUCCUCUGUGAGAACUACCGCUCCCAUGAAGCUAUCAUCAAUUACACCUCUGAGCUCUUCUAUGAGGGCAAACUCAUGGCCAGUGGAAAGCAACCAGCACACAAGGAUUUCUAUCCACUAACUUUUUUUACAGCACGAGGGGAAGAUGUGCAAGAAAAAAAUAGCACAGCUUUUUAUAAUAAUGCAGAGGUAUUUGAGGUGGUGGAACGUGUGGAAGAGUUGAGAAGGAAGUGGCCAGUGGCGUGGGGGAAGCUGGACGAUGGCAGUAUCGGUGUGGUGACUCCAUAUGCUGAUCAAGUGUUUAGGAUACGCGCUGAACUUCGAAAAAAGAGAUUAUCUGAUGUUAAUGUAGAAAGGGUGCUAAAUGUUCAAGGAAAGCAAUUCAGAGUUUUGUUUCUUAGCACAGUACGUACAAGGCAUACUUGUAAACAUAAACAGACACCAAUUAAAAAGAAAGAGCAACUGCUGGAAGAUUCCACAGAGGAUUUAGAUUAUGGUUUUUUAUCUAACUACAAGCUUCUCAAUACUGCCAUUACAAGAGCACAAUCCUUGGUUGCUGUGGUGGGUGAUCCCAUUGCUCUGUGCUCUAUUGGAAGAUGCAGGAAAUUUUGGGAGCGGUUUAUUGCCUUGUGUCAUGAAAAUAAUAGCCUACAUGGGAUCACUUUUGAGCAGAUCAAAGCUCAGCUCGAGGCUUUAGAACUAAAGAAGACAUAUGUGUUGAAUCCACUGGCACCUGAAUUUAUCCCCCGGGCUCUGAGAGUGCAGCAUUCAGGGAAUACCAGCAAACUGCAGCAGUCCCCUCCCAAGGGGAAAAGUCUCCAUCAUACCCAGAAUGAUCAUUUCCAGAAUGAUGGAUUAGUUCAGCCCAAUCCUUCUGUACUUAUUGGCAAUCCUAUUAGAGCAUAUACUCCUCCGCCUCCUCUUGGACCUCACCCAAAUUUGGGAAAAUCUCCAAGCCCCGUUCAAAGAAUAGAUCCUCACACUGGGACAAGUAUUCUUUAUGUACCUGCUGUCUAUGGAGGGAAUGUAGUUAUGUCGGUGCCUUUACCUGUACCAUGGACAGGAUACCAGGGUAGGUUUGCAGUUGAUCCUCGAAUAAUCACACAUCAGGCAGCGAUGGCCUACAAUAUGAACCUCCUGCAGACCCAUGGACGGGGGUCUCCUAUACCUUAUGGCCUUGGGCAUCACCCACCUGUCAGCAUAGGGCAGCAACAAAACCAGCAUCAGGAGAAGGAUCAACAUGAACAAAGAAAUGGUAAAAGUGAUGCAAGUAACCCUGGACCUGAAAUUAAUAAGAUUCGGACACCAGAGAAAAAGCCUAUAGAAUCAAAACAGAUUGAUUUGGAAUCAAAUCCACAGAACAGAAGUCCUGAAUCACGCCCUGGUGUUGUUUAUCCUAAUACCAAAUUUCAUCGCAAAGAUAAUCUCAAUCCAAGACACAUAAAUCUUCCUCUUCCUGCUCCCCAUGCACAGUAUGCAAUCCCCAGUCGUCAUUUUCACCCCCUCCCCCAGUUACCCAGACCACCAUUUCCAAUUCCACAGCAGCAUGCCUUGUUAAAUCAGCAGCAGAAUAAUUUACCUGAACAACCAAAUCAAAUGCCACCUCAACCAAAUCAGGUAGUCCAGCAGCAGAAUCAGUUGAGUCAGCUGACUCAGCAGCCGCCUCCUCAACUUUCUCCUGCCUAUCAGGCGGGUCCCAACGGCGCUUUUUUUAAUAAUGCAGUUUCUCAUCGGCCACAGUCUCCUCCUGCAGAGGCUGUGCUUCCCGAGCAGCCCCCUCCCAUGCUGCAAGAAGGCCACAGUCCCCUGCGAGCCAUUGCACAGCCCGGCCCCGUUCUUCCGUCACACCUGAGUAACUUCACUGAUGAGAACCCCCCAGGAUUGCCCAUAGGGGAGACAUUAGAUCGUAUGCAUGGGAGCGUCGCUCUGGAGACGCUGAGGCAGCAGCAGGUGCGGCUACAGCAGUGGAGUGAGCACCACGCCUAUCUCAGUCAGGGCAGUAUUCCGUACCCGCACCAUCAUCACCCCCACCCUCACCUCCAACACCUUCCUCAGCCGCCCCUCGGGUUACAUCAGCCACCCCUGAGGGCAGACUGGAAGCUUCCCAACAGCGCUGAAGAGGAAGCAGAAGCAGCAGACUCAAGGCUUCAAGACUUAAUCAGAGAGCUGUCUAAUCGUGAUCAAAGUGAAACACGGGAGCUUGCCGAAAUGCCACCACCUCAAUCAAGACUCUUGCAAUACAGACAAAUUCAGACUAGGAGCCCACCAGCAGUCCCCUCCCCCCCGUCCAGUGCUGACCACGGUAGCCACUUUCCUAACUUUAACGACAGCAGCAGAGACGUUGAAGUAGCCAGCAACCCAGCAUAUCCGCAGCGCCUACCGCCCCAGAUAUUCAACUCGCCUUUCUCGUUGCCAUCCGAACACCUUGCCCCUCCUCCCUUGAAAUACCUGGCACCUGAUGGAGCAUGGACUUUUGCUAACUUGCAGCAGAAUCACCUGAUGGGGCCGGGUUUUCCCUAUGGCCUACCUCCGUUGCCGCACAGGCCACCGCAGAACCCUUUUGUACAAAUCCAGAAUCAUCCACAUGCUAUUGGUCAAGAGCCAUUUCACCCAUUGUCAUCUCGAACAGUGUCUUCUUCUUCGCUCCCUAGCUUAGAAGAGUAUGAACCCAGAGGACCUGGUCGGCCCUUGUACCAAAGAAGAAUCUCAUCUAGCUCAGUCCAGCCUUGUUCUGAAGAAGUAAGCACUCCUCAAGAUAGUCUUACUCAGUGUAAAGAGCUUCAGGACCACAAUAACCAAUCUUCUUUCAACUUUUCAUCCCCGGAGUCCUGGGUAAACACCACCUCAUCUACCCCCUAUCAGAACAUUCCGUGCAAUGGAUCCAGCAGGACAACUCAGCCCAGAGAGAUGAUAGCUCCAACGAAGACCUGCAAAACCCCUGAGGAUCAGUUGAAGUCAGAAAACCUCGAGGUGUCCAGUUCCUUCAACUAUAAUGUGCUGCAGCAUCUUGGCCAAUUCCCCCCCCUCAUGCCCAACAAGCAGAUCUCGGAGUCGGCCAGCAGCAGUAGCCAGCAAAGCUCCGGGGCCAGCAAGCCCGCCAUGUCCUAUGCCAGCGCGCUGCGGGCCCCGCCCAAGCCCAGGCCCCCGCCGGAGCAGGCCAAGAAGAGUAGCGACCCUCUGUCUCUGUUCCAGGAACUCAGCCUGGGGAGCUCGUCGGGCAGCAAUGGCUUUUACUCCUAUUUUAAAUAAUCACUUUUUUUUCCUCAAGGGAGAAUGUUUUAAUUUCUGUUUGUAUCCAUAGAAUUAAGAUAGUUGGACUUCAUCUAUAGAUGCACAGUUCCCUUUGUUUUAAUAUUAAAUCUGUUCUCACUUAAUUGCUUUGCUGCUAGACUUGCAACUAAUUUUUUAAAAGUAUAUUCCAUUAUUUUGCAUUUUUGAUGUGUCGGAAUUUUGACAGCUUUUAUGUAGAAUAAAAAAUAUUUUUAAAUUUGUGUAUUGUUACAUAUGUUUGCAUCAAGCUAGCAGCUAAGAGGUUAAUUGUGCAACUAUAAAAAAAAAAAAGAAAAAAAGUUUGUCUAAAAUGUAUUUAAAAAGAAAAAAAUUGUAAGUAGCAUUUACAUUUAUCCAAUAAUAUUACCAUAUGCUGGGUUUCUGUACCAGAAAUGGCCAGUUGAUGUACAAAUGUAUGUUAUUUUUGCUUAAAUUCAUUUAAAAUUUUUUAAAAUAAAGGGGCAGCAUCUUCUAAAUACUUUUAAGUUUUAUCAGCUUUUUUUUUGUGACAGGAUGCUGCAUUCUAAAACUUUUCUAGUUUUAGACUGACGUGCUGUCCUCAUCUCCAACCACCGCAGGGGAGAGUUGAAGGCAUUCUUCGCAGGUGUUUUGUAUGCCUCUGUUCUUUGGUAAAGUGGAAAAACAUUGGCAUACUUAGUUAUUUUUUUGGACAAGCUGAACUUCAAGCUUGUUUUUAAUGUUAAUUUGAUAGUGUGUUUUUUUUUUAAACAAAUCAUGAAGCUGAAAAAUUUUUAGGAUCGUUGGUGCUUAGUAGACUUGAUAACUAUUUUAAAAAUGCGUGAAUUUAGUAAAAUCCUUUUUUCCCUCACUAUGCAUGUGUAAAUGUUUGUAAUCUGGCUCCCUCCCCACCUACCGGUAUAAGGAAUUGUGCCGCUUUAAGAUUUUUUUUCCCCUCCAGUAAAAGUUUUGGUACCUUAUUUGAUGUUUACAUUAAAACGUGACAUUAUACAUGGCAAUUCAAAUAUUUUGCUAACUUUUGUUUGAGGAACAUCAUUAAAGAAGAACUAUAAUGUUUGUGAAAGAUGUAUCAAAGUCCAUCAAAAUCCGGGGCAAAAGCUACCCUUGUUUUUUCUGUUUUUUUUUUUUUUUUUUUUUUCUUUCAGUUCCUCUAAUAUAACCCCACUGAACUUGUACACAAAUAUAAAUUUAAAUAACUAUCUUAAAUAUUCUAUGAUCUAAAAGUUGUUUUGAAUGAGCUUUGGUAAAAUCCAAAGGAAAAUGUU